UUCAGUCUUGGACUGAUGGCGCAGAAAGAAAUCCAGCUGAACAGGAAACUUGAAACCUUCAGAACUAGAAAAGAGGGUUAAAUACAGUCUGUAUGCGGACUGAUCUGGAGCAGCGAUGAUUUAAAAGCAGGGGAACAUACACCGACAUCGAAAAUUAAUUAUUGAUCCUCCGAGUUGGAUCAGUCUGUUCUCAGCAGAGUUCACUAUGGCGUCUGCAGCAGCAGAUGAUGAUUUAAAUUCCCUGAAAUGCAGCAGCAAUGACUACUUUCGUCCCGACUUGUCAGAGCUGAGGGUUGUUCUGCUGGGGAACAGCUGGUCUCAGAGGAGUUCAGUGGGGAACUUCAUACUGGGAAAGAGUAAGUUCAACACAGAGGAAGAAGCAGACUGCUGUCUGAGAGUCAGAGGACAGGUGGAGGAGAAAGAAAUAGUUCUCAUCAACACCCCAGAUCUGCUGCUUCCUGACAUCUCUGAACACAAACUGACAAAACAUGUGAAACACUGUGUGAGUCUCUGUGAUCCUGGACCUCAUGUGUUCCUGCUGGUUCUACAGCCUGAAGACUUCACUGAGGAACAGAAGGAGAGGCUCUGCAGAGUCCUUCAACUCUUCAGUAAUCAAUCAUUUGAUCGUUCACUGGUUCUGAUAUCAACACCCAGAGAGAAGAGGGCAGGCUUCAUGGAAGAAUAUAUGAACCAUCCACCUUUAAAGGACAUGAUCAGAAAAUGUAACUACAGGUCUUUGUGGCAGAAGAACCUUGAACUUAAAGAGCUCAUAACGCGCUUCAGCCAAAUUAUGAAAGAGAACAAUGGAGAUCAUGUGAUCUGUGAUGUGUUUGAGGACACAAAGUCUAAUUUAUCCAGUGGUUAUGGAAGCCUGAAACAAGGGGAAGCAGUCAGAGUCAACUUGGAUCCUUCUGGAGCUGUUGGGCCUGAGCUCAGGAUUGUGCUGGUCGGAGAAAAUGAGAAAAAAAAGACAAAACUUGGUAAUUUCAUUCUGGGAGUGCAAGGAUUUCAUUUUCAGUAUAAUUUACCAAUCAAACAAUGUGUGUCCACCUGUGGAGAGUGGAGAGGAAAAUCUCUAACAGUAGUGAAAACUCCAGACAUCCUCAGUCUGACUGUUGAAGCAGUGAGAGAAGAGAUGAAGAGCUGUGUGACUCUUUGUCGUCCUGGACCAAAUGUUCUGCUGCUGUUAGUGAAACCUUCUGAGUUCACUGAGAGGAACAGAAAAACACUGAAGUUCAUCCUGAGUUUGUUUGGUCAAGAUGCUUUUAGAUACUCAAUGGUCGUCAUAACACAUAAGGAGAACAUGAGUCUCUCUGUUAAUGAACUCCUUCAAGACUGUGGAGGAAGAAGCUACUACAUGUUUGAAGAUGACCACAGAGUGUUAAUGGAGAAGAUUGAGAACAUUGUGCAUGACAACAAAGGAACCUUCCUCACCUUCACUGAAGAGACCAUAAGACCAAAGUCUGAACACAUCAAACCCUCUUUAAACCUGGUUCUGUGUGGGAGGAGAGGAGCAGGGAAGACUUCAGCAGCCAAGGCCAUUUUAGGUCAGACAGAGCUUCAUUCAGUCUCCACCUCAUCAGAGUGUGUUAAACAUCAGGGAGAGGUGUGUGGACGUUGGGUUUCCCUGGUGGAGCUGCCUGCCUUGUAUGGAAAACCUCAGGAGGCAGUGAUGGAGGAAUCAUUCAGGUGUAUCUCCCUCUGUGAUCCUGAGGGCGUCCAUGCCUUCAUCCUGGUCCUACCUGUGGGUCCCCUCACUGAUGAAGACAAGGGAGAGUUAAAGACCAUCCAGAACACAUUCAGCUCUAGAGUCAAUGACUUCACCAUGAUUCUGUUCACUGUGGAGUCAGAUCCUACAGCUCCAGCUGUUGUUAACUUUGUAAAGGAAAACAAGAACAUCCAGGAGCUCUGUCAGAGCUGUGGAGGAAGAUCUGUUGUUCUCAACAUCAAGGACAAACAGCAGAUCCCAGAUCUGUUGGACACUGUGGACAAAGUUAGACUCUCCAAAGAACCAUCCUGCUACACAACAGAGAUGUUUGCACAUGUUCAAAUAGAAAAGGUCAUAAGACAAGAGAAACACAUCACCACGCUACAGGCUGAACUUGAGAACCGGAAAACAAAAAGCACUGUCAGUUGUGCUGAAGAGAAACAGAGUCCAGAGAGUCUCAGGAUUGUGCUGAUAGGGAAGACUGGCUGUGGAAAGAGCUCUUCAGGAAACACCAUUCUGGGAAGAAAGGUGUUUAAAGCUGAAUCAAGUCAAACAUCAGUCACCAGGUUUUGUCAGAAAGCAGUGGGGGAGGUGGAUGGUCGUCCUGUUGUUGUAGUCGACACUCCUGGUCUGUUUGACAGUAGUAUGUCUCAUGAAGAGGUUAAUGAGGAGAUGGUGAAAUGUAUCAGUCUUCUGGCUCCAGGACCACAUGUCUUCCUGUUGGUGUUACAGAUUGGACGACUCACAGCAGAGGAGAAGGAGACACUGAAACUCAUCAAAGAAGUCUUUGGGAAGAAUUCAGAGAAGUUCACCAUCAUUCUUUUAACUGGAGGAGAUAAACUGGAACAUGUGAAGCUGUCUGUUGAAGAAUACAUUGAACAGGAAUGUGAUGAUUCCUUUAAGAAGCUGAUCUCUGACUGUGGAGGAAGAUACCAUGUGUUUAACAACUAUGAAAAACACAAUCACACACAAGUCAGUGAGCUGAUCAACAAGAUCAACACCAUGGUGAAGGAAAAUGGAGGCAGCUGCUUCACUAAUGAGAUGCUGCAAGAGGCUGAAGCAGCGAUAAAGAAAGAAGUGGAGAGGAUCCUGAAGGAGAAGGAAGAAGAGAUGAAGAGAGAGAGGGAGGAGUUUGAAAGGAUAUAUGAUGAAGAAAUGCAAGCCAUGAAAAGAAGAAUGGAAGAACAGAGAGAAGAAAUUGAACAAGAGAGAAAACUGAGAGAAAAACAGCUCAAGGAAAUGGAGGAAAAUCUAAAUAAGGAGCGUGAACAAAGAAAGAAAGAUGAGAAGAAGAGAGAGGAAGAGAACAAGAAAAGGGAAAGAGAGGAAGAAAAAUAUCGUCGGAGUCUAAAAAAACAACUUGAAAUUUUGGACAAACAGAUUCAGUCAGAAAAAGAGGAAAAGAAAAGUGUUGACAGAAAACUAGAGCAGAGUAGAGAAGAGAUGAGGAAAAAGCAAGAGGCCUGGGAGAAAGAAAGAAAAGAGGAGUGGAAGAAACAAAAACAAGAAGAUGAACAGAGACGACAGGAAGAGCAAAGGAAAAUAGAAAAACUUGAAGAAAAGUACAAACAGGAAAGAGAAAAAUCUGAGAAGAAAAGAGAAGAGGAUCGGAUCAGAAGAGAAAAGGAGGAAAAAGAGCAAAAAGAAUUAGAGGAAAUCUAUAAAACAAACCUGGAAACUCUGAGGAAGACAUACGAGGAGGAAGCCAGAAAGAGAGCUGAGGAGUUCAAUGAAUUCAGAGAGAAAUACAUCAAGGAACUGGCAGCUCAGAGGCAAGAGCAUGAGAAACAAAUGAAAGAAAAAGACAAGAAGUACAAGCAACAAAUAAAGGAAAAACAAGAAAAGUAUAAGCAACACAUGAAAGAAAAAGAAGAGAAGUAUGAGCAAUACAUGAAAGAUGAGGAAGAAAAGUAUAAGCAACAAAUGAAAGAAAAAGAUGAGAAGAAUGAGCAAUACAUGAAAGAUGAGGAAGAAAAGUAUAAGAAACAAAUAAAAGAUGAAGAAGAAAAGUAUAAGCAACAAAUAAAAGACAAAGAGGAGAAGUAUGACCUGUUAAAGGCACUUUCAGACCUCAAUGAAAACAAACGGUGGGAGAAACAUGGAGAAAUCAGUGACCUGGUGAAAUGUGUGAAAGACAGGAGAAGAAAUCUGAAAAAAAUCAUCAAGUUACUGGAUGAACAGGAAAAAGAAAUGGAGGAUGUGAUAAAUGAGCAGGAAAAAGAAAAUCUGCAGAAAACUCAUGAAAAACAAAUCAGUGACUUGAUACAGAAACUUCUGCAUGAAGAAACACAUUGGUGGACUCCUCUGAAAGAUCUGUUUUCUCAGUAAAUGUAACAGUGUCACUCUUUUUUACUAACAUUACUUGAUUUCAACAACUGUCAUUUUAGGGAUAUUUAGUCAUUGCUGUCAUCACAGGGGUCUAACAUAGCCACAGAAAAGAGCUCUUUAUGAUUGGCUGCCAGGUGUCUAUAAAGCUGUGUAUCAGGACACCUCAACUACAGCUCCAGUCAGCAGCUUCAUCAUCUGUGUGAAUCAGCUACUUCAGCAUAUUAAGCUGCAAACAUAACACAGUCUGUUAAAGCUGAGGUGCACCAACCAGUCUGUAAUAAAAUCAUCACAACUGAUCAACUAAUUUAACAGCUGAUGAUAUUAUUUCAUUUUAAAGAAUUAGAACAUAAAGGACUAAUGUUGAAGAAUGUUUUGUUGUUUUUUGGUUUGUUCCAUAUAAAAUAAGAAUGGAUGCUUUAACAACUAAAAUAAGCAAAGAUAAUGUCAUUCUUUUUUUGACUGUGUUAUAAAAACAGCAGGAGCAAUGAGCUGCUGUUUUUUAGUCUGAAAAUCUUUCUGGUAUGUUAGAUUUAUUUUCUUCAGUACUCUGUACAUCUUUUAUUUUUUCCACAGUGGAGAACAGCCACAGAACAAAUAUUAAAUAUUAAGCAUGAAUAUCAUUUAAACUGUUUGUCAGAUGAAUCUAAAUAAUAACAAAGGAUAUUAUAAACAAUGAAUGUUGUGUUGUUUCUUUGAUUUGUUCUAUGUAAAAUAAGAACUAAUGCUUUAUGAAUGAUGACACUAUUCAGGUGACUUUUUAAUGGCCUGUUCUGACAGAUUAUUAACAGAUUAAUAAAGUAUUUCUGCUGUA